AUGGCCCUUGCUCUGCGCCUCUUCCUCCUGCUCCUCCUGGCCGUGGCCCUGCCUGCCAGGGCUGCCCAGGCUGCUCCGCUGCAAGGGUGGCGAGCAGAUUUGGAUCACGCCUUGCAAGAUUUGGAAGUCCAGGUGAAUGACACUUUGAAUGUCUUGGUGAAUGCCAGAGUCACAGAGAAGAGCAGAACGGGCAGGGGCCAGGCCCAGGGCUGUGCCCCAGCGCUGAGCCUUGCCUGCAGCCCGAGGAUCUGCUACAGUGCCACGGGUGAUGUUCUGUCCUGCCUUUCUUUGCAGCUGAACUUGUUGGUGAAGAAGCAGAUGGAGAGGCUGUGCAAAAGGAAGCAUUUCCUGGAGGAAGCAGUGGCUCAUGGACAGCCUCUUCUGCAGGACGGGAGGCGAUGCCAGGCGCAGCCACAGGAGGGCCGGGCCAUGCCCCCGGCCCGCCCCCGGCCCCGGGCGGGGCUGCCCCGUGCCCGGCCCCGGCCGUCCCGCCGCGGUCUCGCCUUCGCCCGGCUCUGGCCGUACUGGCGGUGGCGCUGCUGGGCGGGCAUCAGUGCCUGGGGCGGGGGCGGCAUCGCCGCCCUUCGGCUCCGCCUGGCCCGAGCCCGGCCCCGGACCCGACGCAGGGUCCAUUCCCGACCCCGGCCCCGGCCCCGGCCCCGGCUCUUCCCGGGGCCCGCGGAGGACGCACGCGGCGCGGCCGCUCCCGCCGCCUCCGCUGCGGAUUCCCCGGCCCGAGCUCCGCCGCUCGGCAGCGCGGCCUCCGGCCCCGAGCCGCCGAGGCCCGGGGCGGGUGGGGAUGCCGGGCCCGGGGCGGGUGAGGGGCGCUCGGGGGCCGUUGCUGGCCCCGGGCCGAGCGCUGACAGCCGCGUCCCGCCCGCAGGGAAGGCGCAGGAGGCCUUGCAGGAGCGGUACCGGCUGGGUUCGCUGCUGGGCCGCGGCGGCUUCGGCAGCGUCUUCGCGGCCACGCGGCUCUCGGACGGCGCCCCGGUGGCCAUCAAACGCGUGCCGCGGGAUCGCAUCCGGCACUGGGGUGAGCUGCCCGACGGCACCAGCGCACCCAUGGAGAUCGUGCUGCUGGCCAAGGUGUCCUCUGGCUGUGGUGGUGUCAUUCAGCUCCUGGAGUGGCUUGAGCUCCCCGACAGCUUCCUGCUGGUGCUGGAGCGUCCGGAGCGGUGCCAGGAGCUCUCGGGUGUCCUAGCGGAGCGAGGGUUCCUGCCAGAGGAGGAGGCACGGGUGCUGUUCCGCCAGGUGCUGGAGGCCGUGCGGCACUGCACCAGCUGCGGGGUCCUGCACAGGGACAUCAAGCCCGAGAAUAUCCUGCUCGACCUGGCCAGCGGGCAGCUGAAACUGAUCGACUUUGGCUGUGGCGCCUUCCUCCAAGACACAGCCUACACCCAGUUUGCAGGAACCCUGUCCUACAGCCCACCAGAGUGGAUCCAGCACCAGCGCUACCACGGCGAGGCAGCCACGAUCUGGUCCCUGGGCCUCCUGCUGUGCCACCUGGUCAUGGGGAAGCACCCAUUCAGGAGGGGCCAGGAGAUCAUCCGGGGGCGGAUCUUGUUCCCACGAUGGCUCUCUCAAGCGUGCCAAGAUGUCAUUAAGAGGUGUUUGUCCAUGCAACCCUCGGACAGGCCAUCCUUAGAAGAUCUUUUCUGUCAUCCUUGGGUGAAGGAUGUUUCCCUGCCCUAG